GCAGGGCUCCACUCUGCAGACAUGACAGUGGUGGGAGAAUUGGUUCUGGUUUUGGGUUUACUGGUGAGUGGUCACUGUGAAGUGAGAGCACGUGACCCCGAGGUAGAGGAGGAGGAGGAACUGGGAGGAAGAGGAGGAUGGGAAGGGGUGAUGGAGACCCCUCUGACUGACUCCUCCGUUCGAUCUGGGAACCACUGUGCGUUUGAGCACACACGUGUGCUGAUGGUGCCUGUUUACUCUGGAACAAAGACUCACGUUGUGAAGGAUCAGAGACUGUGUUCUGACGGGUCGCCAAGCUGCCAGCAGAUCAUGUAUAGGCUGUCGACACGGCCGAUCUACAGGAUGAGGCCGGACGUCGUCACAUCUCUGAUCUGGCGCUGUUGUCCGGGACACACGGGUCCACACUGUGAGAAAGAAGUUUCUGAUCAUCAGCUGGAUUCUGGAGGAUCAGAACCAGGAAUAGCCAAGGUCCAGUUACCAGAUAUUUCCGUUGGACUUCAGCAGCAAGAAGCCGAUCUGCACCGCGAGCAGAACGACCACCACAUGUUUUUCGACCCGCUGUACGACACCGCCAAUCCAGUCAAUCAUCAGAACUCCUCACACCCUCAACUGGAACCAGAAACCAGCCACAGCCAUCAGGAACAGGAACACCAAACCCACAGGAAGCAGGCACCAGCUGAAGAUCAGGUGGCCCCUCCUUACCCAAACACCCCGGUCGGCCUCCCCGCAUCUGACGUGACGGCUCUGGUCAUGUCCCAGCUGCAGCCGAUGCUGGAGGGCUUCAACCGCUCUCUGGAGCACCUGAGCCGACAGGUGGGGAUUCUGACCCAGGAUGUGGCAGAGCUGAAAGGUAUCCAGUUGGAGGCGGAGCAGAGGGGGGGGUUGGAGGAGGACAAACUGGACCAAGUGUUUGUGCAGAUGGAGAGAAUCCAGAGACAGGUGGAGGACCAGCACAGCAGCACAGAAAACACACUGAGCUCCCAGCAUGCAGCGCUGCACUACAACCUGAGCAGUUUCGAGGUGGAGGUCGACACAAAGCUGAAACAACAGCAGAAGCUGCUGCAGGUCAGCCUUCAGGCCAUAAACACAACAUUAGCUCAGCUGAAACAAAACCAGGAUCAGUUUUCUGACCAGAAACCAAUUAAUCAGCUGCCCCCCCACCCUCCAUCAGACACGGCGGCGCUCUGGGGGGCCAUCAUGCGCCUCGACAACACAGUGGUCAACAACACAGUGAAGGUGGGGGGGCUGAUGGAGGACAUGGAGGUCACAUCAGGCGUCGUUGAGGAGCUGACUCGGAAUUUGAAGGUCCUGGAGAAGCAGAUUAACCAGACGGCUCGGAACAGCCAGGUUCUGUUCAUGGAGACGGGUCUGGAGGUGGAGCAGGCCAAGGUGUCGGUGCAGCAGCAGGUGGAGGGGCUGGCACAGAAUGUGACGCAGCACGAGAGGCGGCUGCAGGACUUAGAUGAUGACGUGAGCUACCUGUACGUUGCCCACUACAGGAGUAACUCCUCCGUGGAUUGUGAGAGUCUGAAGGCCACCAUAGCUCACCUGCAGAGGGGCGUGGACAGAGUGACUGAGCUGGCCAAUAGUAACAGACUGACCCUGGAGGAGAACAGUGAUGGGGGCGGAGCUCAGUGGGGCGGGGCCAGUGACUGGGAGCCAGCAAUGGAGGCGCUGCAGCACGGCCUCCAAAAGGUUGAGGAGUCUGUGGUCUCGGAACAGAACAGAACCAGGUCUCUGGACCUGGGUCUGACCCAAUUGGGCAGCUCUGUUGCAGCUCUGCAGGAGACUGACAAACAGCAGGAAGCACAGGUGAAGCUCCUCUCUGCCUCCUUUCGCUCUCUGCUGGAGGAUGCCUUCAGACAUAACAAGGUGCUGCAGCUCCUGCUGGAAGAGGAGGUGAUGGAAUUCCUGGAGUGGCCGCUCCGUGACCAAGAGGCUUACUCCAUUCUGGCCCUGAAGAGCCAGUUAAGGGAGCUGCAGGAGAAACUGAAGAGCCCUGAGGAGGCACCAGAUGGAUGGACAGGAGGAAGAGAGGAGGCACCAUCUGCUGACCAGCCCUCCUCUUCUUCCCUCCCAGACUGGCUGCCUGAUGGCAUGAGGAGGACCAGUGGAGGAGGUCAGUCUGUGCACAAUCAGCUGCUGCUUCUCCAUGCUGGAGACGGCAGUGACCUGUGGAAGCUGGAGAAAAAGGUGGAGGAGCUACAACACAGGGUGGUUCAGCUAGAGGAGAAACCCUGCUCCUGCAAUGUCACUCUAGCUGACCAGGAGGUGACCCUCUCAGGUGUGGCGGACCAACUGAGGUUGUUAAAGAGAGGGCUUGAGGAACACGUGAGGGUCUUCAAGAAUGUGUUCAGCAAUGCCGAUGUGCUGGCAGAGUCUGAAGAGACUCUGGAGCUUGAUAAACUGUGGGAGCUGAUGAACAGGAGGGGCAAGAAGAGAGGAGAAAAGGGUGGUGGGAAGAGCCGCACCAGGAGGGAGGAGUCCGAUGCUGUUGUCCCAUCUGACCAAUCAGAUCUCUCUCUGCUCUUUGUGGGCCAACCUCUUUGGAGCAUAGCCAAUGGAAUCAUUAUGUUCCGAACAUCUCUGAACCAGGGACAGAUCUAUUCUGACACCGGUGUCUUCACAGCGCCAGCAGACGGGAUCUACCUCUGCACUCUCACCUUAGACCUGAGGCCAGGUCCCGCCCACGUGAUACUGAGGUGGGAUAAGAAGGGUGGAGCUUCCCUGUCUCUGCUGCAUGAAGGAGUGAUUGAGGCAGGGCCUGUGAGCAGCGUGGGCCACCUGCUGCUGAGGGAGGGGGAGGAGGUGAGACUGGAGGUGAGGAAAGGUGACUGGGAGGAGUCAAAGGACAAUGUGUUCAUGGUGAUGUUGCUGCACUGGAUCACCUGAAGGUUCUAUGGCCCAGUCAGCCCACAGGAAGGCGGAGCCUCAUGGGAUAUCCUCACCUGGUGAAAUUAUUAGCCAAUAUAAUAAAUGUACAUGGUUCCCAUCCUGCUAUGAACAGAACUGGGCUUCUGGAUUUAUUUCCUCUGAAACCUGAACAUGAUCCCACUCCUGCUCUGUCUGGACUGAGGACGUAUGGAUUAAACCUGCAGCAGGAGUCUCUGCUCUCCUCCUGGUUUUUCUUAUGAACCUUAAUCGCAGCACCUUAUUGGAAAAGUUUUGGUGACACUUUACAACAAGGGUCCUUUUAUUAACGUUACUUAGUGCAUUAUUAAGCAUUAAUAAACGAAUAUUCCCUUUACUAAUGUUACCGAUAUUGUUACCUAUUAAGUGUCCUUAAGGCAGUGUUUCUCAAUUUGUGGGGCAAGUAAGUAAGAUAAUCUUACUUUACAGCAUGUUUUUUCUUGAGGCCGACUGAUAUGGGUUCUCUUAAGACUGAUGCCGAUACCAAUUUUUAAAGAUUUUUGUUGCCGAUGGCCGAUACCUAAAGUCGACCAUUAAGGCCGGUAUAUAUACGUUUUAGAAGCACAUUGGGAAAGACAACUGAACACUCACUGUGUGUAAUAUAUCAAAUAAGCGAAUACAUAUCUUAAUAUUUAUUGAACUUCAGAUAUAAAACAAACUCAAAACAUUAAAAAAAAUGGUGUGUUGGGGUCCUUCAGGUCCUUUCUUUAGUCAAGUAGUGGCGGCAGUUGGCCACACAGGUGCCUACACUGUAUAUGCAUAUAUAUAUUUUUAAAUCAACUUUUAAACAUGAUUUCUGCUGGUGGCUGAUACAGAACAAAUUGAAUAUAUUGGUCGGCCUCUAGUUUUUCCAUUCCAAACCACCCCCAGUCACCAAUGGCGGAAGCACUCACACUAACCAACAGGCUGCCUGUUUAACUCGGAAGAAGAAGCAUGUAAACACCAGGGGUGUUUCUCAAUGUCAAGGUGCCUUGCUUACGAGGACACUGUCCUUCCUUGGUCAAAGAAAACAGCUAUAUGAGCGCCGUUAUGGCUGCUCUCGUGGUCUGCCUCUAUCUGUCCUGUCUAUAUGUGUGUGUGUAAUCUUGGUCAGGCUGUUCUGUGGAGUCAAGUUCCUAUGCUCUGGUUCGCUGGAGCGCUGGCAAUAAAAUUCUCUCUGAUUCUCUGAUAAGUCUACGGAACAGACUUACAUCGCGUGACUGCGACAGUCACAUCAGGUGACAAAUGAGGUAACGUUAUAUUUUAUAUGUAUAAGUUUCUAUAUAAAUCUAAAACGAGCCUUUUACUUUUUUAAAUGCGUAUAUGUUAACCCCCAGAAACCCAAAUUUAGAAAACAACUGCAAAAUCUUUUUUAACCUUUCACAUGUUGUUCUAGGAGGCCAGAUAAAUGAACCUACACAUUUUAACAGCCAAUAGUGUUGCAGAACUGAACAAUAGGACCUAUUAGUAAUGUAAAUGUGGUUUUAAAAAGAAAAAAAUGGGGAAGGUUUAUUUUUGUAGACUUAAAUCUGAUGUAACAUUAAGCGAUAUACUACUUGCUAGCCACCAAAGCUGUAACUACUAAACAACUAACCAACCAUAGAUAAUUGCUUUGGAUCUAAAAAAAAACAUUUUAGACCUCAGCCCGAUAGCUACAAUUAGUUGACUUACAAUUAAACUGGAAAUUUUCCCCUGGAGAAGCUGCUGCCGACAUCCUUUUGAAAAUACCGAGCUGUAUUCUGGGAAAUUUUUGACCAAAGUCAGGCUACAAGCCCCCCCCCCCCCCCCCACCCCCCAUGUAUCUUUGCUCAGCUAGCUAAACGGCUAACAAAUGGAGAACAGACGCCUCAGAACAUGAACAUUGAACAUGCCUUGGUGGUCCCUGAUGACGUAUCUCUUAGGCAACUGGGACGGGACCAAGACAUCAAGGCGAGGUUACUUGACAUUGAGAAACCUCGGUCUCACUUUAAUAAAUGUUCGGCCUUUUCUCUCUCUGAACUUUAGUUUUGUCUGUGUGUUCGUGUUUGGAUGUUAAUCAUGGAAUUAUUUGGACAAAGAGGGCAAGAUGUGGUUAUUGACUACACUAACAGAUCAUCCAAGCAGUUUCUGCUUCUUUUUAUCAGUAAGUAAAAUUAUAUUUCUGUACUUUAUAGGACUUGUGAUCACACGUGAUUACGCAUAGCAUUCUGGGAUGUACACGGACAUGUUGGAAGGUUGACGAGUGUGAACAAACUGUGAAAAAAACAGUACUGUCGCUGAGAAGGAGUGGAUAUGGGUGAAAGAAAAUGUUAAACAACAUUAUAAAAUCCCCAAAAGGAUGCGUAAUAUACAGGGAUACAUUAUAUGAAGACGUCGGGGACCGGUAUGUGGACAAAAUCAGCAUUAUAAACGUUUUUAUCCACAUGAAAGAACCAAACCCUGAGCAUCGAUGACAUAUUGUUACCGCCACAGUUCUGCAUAACGGACAUUUUCGGCUAUCUUGUUUGUGGUGUGAGCAGAUGUAACCGUCUGAAUGAGAGGUAAACAUUUUAUUUGCUGUUUUUUCUAGUAAAACAAUAAAAAUUGUCAUCCCAUGAAAGAAGUGUAGCAGGAGAAGUUGUGUUGUAAGUCAGUACACUCGCAUUAGCUUACCGGUAUGUGUGUGUGUGUGUGUGUGUGUGUUUCAUGUGCAUGUCGUGGUUGAAGGAAAUAAACGAUGUAUGAAAAUACUCCGUUACUUAGUGCAUUAUUAUCCUUACAGCAGCGAGCCGACAAGACUUUGUUAAGCUAGAUACUUGGUCUCCAUGGUUUUGCCUCUAAGCAGGAAAACAGUCAAAAGUUAGCUUGUUCUCCACCUUUAUUCCACUGGCGAUCAUGUGUCACCCCACAACACAGCAACGAUUUACUAGAGUUGUGUAAUACAACCGAUCACAUAAAUAAUAGAUUAAUUUAAGCUGCAAGAAUGAGACUGAGUGCGCUGUUUACAGUAGUAACAAGCAACAAGUAAGGACUCACACGCCUCCAACAGAGCAGCUGCGUCGGUGAUGACGUCGCGAUCACAAGCCCUAUUUUGCUGGUUGAAUGGGGAAACGCCGUGUCAUAUAACUGCUUGGUCAAACAUGUUAGCAGAGCUGCCAACUCUCACGCACUGAGCGUGAGACACGCAUUUGACCCUCUUCACACGCUUUCAUUCCACACCUCCAAUCUCUCACGCUAAACCAGCGCCUGCGCUUUCCAAACACGCAUCACACACAGUGUGUAGGGUCAGAAAAAAACCAGAUGAUAUUAAUUAUAGCAUUCUUCCUGGCACUCGUGGACUAUAGAUGCUUCUCUUUUCGCUCCCUUAUCUUUUUUUCCCAAGGCUCUUUGUCCUGUCUGCCCACAGAGCGCUUCUCUGCAUUUCUUCUGAAAACCCCUAUUUUUACUAACCAUGGAUUUGUUAAAUUGGUCAUUCAACGCGAUUGAUAAGAGUUUUUCAACAAUGAGGACAGAGCAGGGGGCUCCCACAUGUCCACAGGGGACACACCCGGUGGGGUAUAUGCUGGAUUCCUGGAAGGAGUGGAAGAUCAUAUGCCUCUCCCAGCUGUCCAUUGAGGAUAUCUAAGACGUGUGGAUAUUCGGCCUGAUGAUCACUGGAUGUCUCCUGAUUGGAGUGGGAGGAUAUCUGGUUUUCUGGAGAUUUGGGAAGACGGGAGAAAUUGGAGGGCGGCCCGCACCCUCAGAAAGCACCGUCCGUGUGGAAACUUCUCAGACUGGGACGUUACUCGAGGUGAAUCGUAAGCUGGACAAUGUUCUAGCUGCGAUACCGGUAUUAGUGCGCAAAAUGGAUGUCAUCUCGGAGAGGGUCACUGGACAGUAUGGACAAGUUUAACAACCCAAAAUUGGCUUCACUGAAGGACUGGAACGAUCAGUUUAAAGACUGAAGGCAGAGAGGAAAAUUAUCUCAGCCUGACCCAAACAAAUUCUUGUUAUCCGAAUGGUGGACUUCAGCCUGGCGAGGUCAUCAAUCUGCAGGAGUCAAUGUGCUCUGCGCUUCUCCCAAGAUCUCCCUCCCACCUGUGACUGUACAGUGGCUGAGCACCGUAGAUGGCUGCUCUCGCUGGGGGAAACAGGAUUCCAGCCCCCACCCCCCACCCCGCCUUCCUAUUGGUGUCUCGUGUUGUGUUGUCUGAAGUCUGUUGCAUAUCAGUUGAGGUGUUUUUUUGCAGAGCAAAGCUGCCCUCCUGGUGGGAGGGUAACUCUGAAGUGCCUUUUUUCCCCCUCCACCUGAACCAAUUCCUCAUGUAACCCUCUGAUCUCUAUUAAGGUAGCGCAACUCGGGUUGCGAAUGACCACAGUCACCAAUUCUUGUCAUGUGUCUUGCCCAUGUAUGUCUGAUCUCUGAAUUGUGUGUACUGAAACUCUAAUUUCCCUCUGGGAUUAAUAAAGGAUUGAUUGAUUGAUU